AUGGCCCACCCUAUGAAUAAGUUUAAUGCGGCUGGUCUCAUGCCUGAACACUCGAUGAAUCUGCCUGUCCGUGCAGCGUCAUCGCCUGAUGAAAAUUUGAUCAUACAUGCUCUCAUGAGUAUGCCCGCUAUGUCAGAUGAAGACCUGUCGAAGGUGUUUGCUCCUGAGAUUAUUUACACGGCACCCAACGGCCAAGUCCUCGUGGGCAAGAUCGCCGUGUCUGCUUAUCUUCGUGCGAAUAUGCAGCCCGACAGCAUGAAUCUUCUUGAAACGCCGUCACUAUUGCCACCACAAGCUAUGGUGAUAGAUAUGCAUAUGCCUAGUGGAAAACGUCAUCUGCUUGUCCUGAAGCGCCGUGUUCAAGACGGGCUCGUCUCAACAAUGACAGAUGAAGAAGGCCACUGCAAGACAUGGGCCUCUCUUGCUGUGCGUGCCGCAAGUAGCUCUAUCCAUUCACCGACAGAUACUAUGGUGUCCCCAUGCACUUCUAAGCUUAGUCUUGCGAAACGACGUCAUCACUUGAAGGCUAAGCCCACAACUCUUUUUGCGGGCAUGCGGGAUCAGCAGGCCAUGUGA